AUGCUGAAAGGACUCGCCCUGAUCGGAACGGGAAUCUGGCUCCUGUUCGUGGUGUCCAAGGCCUACGCGGGUCGGCAGAGGCUUCAGAACAGCGGUUUCACCAGGAGAUACCCGCACGUCGACACGCUCUUCGGCAUCGAUCUGCUGCUGCAGGUAUGGAGGGAUUUUCACAGGGGCCAGCUCGCCGAGGGCAUGAGGCGGCGGCACGAACGGUACGGCGAGACGUUCAUCACGACCGAGCUGGGAUCCCCCUGCGUCUACACGAUCGACCCGGAGAACAUCCGGACCAUCACUACGAGCCAGUUUGAGGAUUUUGGCAAAUCAUCAUGGGUCGGCGAGGCGUCCAAGCAUGUCGGCGCCGGCAUCCUCCUCAACCAGGGCGAGGCGUGGAAGCAGUCCAAGACGCUGCUCAAGCCCAUCUUUGCUCACUCGACCUUUGGAGAUCCGGUCCUCGUGGAGCCUCACUUCCAGCAGCUGGCGGCGACCAUCCGGUCGCACGGGGGCAGGCAGGUGGACUUCCAGGAUCUGGCGGCCGGCUUCAUGCUCGACACCGUGAGCGACUUCCUGUUCGGAAGCUCGACGGGCUGUCUUGACGCAGGGGUCGACUCGUCGGAAGCAGAGCAUUUCCUCGCCUGCAUCAAGGCGUUUGAGCCGCCGUCCGGCAUGUUCAUGGCCGUCGGCGCGCUGGCCUGGAUCGAGCUGCUCCCCUCGUAUCGGCGGCUGAUCCGCGUGGUAAACGGGAUGAAGAGCUUCUUCGCCAACCGGCUCGAUGCCAUCAUCUCGUCGGACGGGACCGGCUGCGUCCAAUCAUCGUCCGGCACCUCGUGCUUCCGCAUGAUGAAGACCAUCGGCGUGCCUGUGGCACAGAUCCAGGCCGAGCUGAAAAACAUCUACUUUGCCAGCUUCGACACCUCCACGGCGCUGCUCUCCAACGUCGUCGAGAUUCUGGCAUCGAGACCUGCCAUCCAGCAGCGCCUCCGCGACGAAAUUGCGCACCUUGGCGACCAAGCCCCCGGGAGGAACGACCUGGCUAAAGUGCGAUACCUGCGCUAUGUCAUUCUCGAAGCUCUCCGCCUCUACUCCCCAGUCACCUCGCACUCCAGACGCGCCCUGGUCGACACAACCCUUCCGCGCGGCGGCGGAAGCGACGGUCUCGGCCCGGUCACCAUCGCAAAGGGAACGACGAUCAUCUGGAGCACGUACGCACUGAACCGGUCCCCCAAGCACUACGGGACGGACUGGGCCGAGUUUCGACCCGAAAGAUGGGAAGAGCUGGAGGGCAGAUGCAGCCACUUCUUCAUGCCCUUUGGGUCCGGCCCGCGCAUCUGCAUGGGCCAGCAAAUGGCGCAGGCCCAGCUCGCGUAUGUCAUUGUGCGGCUGCUGCAGAACUUCUCGGCUAUCGAGAGCAGCGACAGCCGGCCAUUCCGGGAGGCCGCGGCCGUCUCCUUCUACAACGGCAACGGCACCCUGGUCUCGCUGCGGAGCCAAUGGCGGUAG